CAAAGCUCCGGUGCCGCGAUCCAGCUGAUUGAGGAGGGCAGAUCAGACCGUCUGAGCCUCGUUUUCUUUUUGCUCGGGAAGAAGUCCUGGAGUCGGCUGUGGGAGUGCUGCGUUUCUCUCGGGGGGGUUCGUGAUGGUGCAGGAUGGAGGUUGAAGUUCGAAAGUUGAGGUUGGAGAAAGAAGAAAAAGGCGGACAAGGAAGGCAGAAAAAAAGGCGCGGUGGGCGGGACGAACCACUUGCGCAGACUGAUGAAGUAAUCAAGCACGUGAUAUGUUGCCCCGGGCAACCGUCGACGGUAAACACAGCGAGCCUGGACAAGCUCGAGGCUUUUGCUCUCUUCCUGACCGUCCAUGAUAUCCUCAUCACCUCCCACCCCAUCACCCCCUUUGACAUCUAUCGCUCACUUCUUGUUACGAUUUACGAUUUUCUUUUGCCUUUGUUUUCCUGCUACGAACACCAAAAAAUAAUUAUUAACAAAAAGCCCAAAAAAAAAAGGGAAGCUCGAGGAUAUAGACCUUAAAAACCCCCGAA